UUGCCGUGGCGACCGGGCGGUUCGCAGUUUGUCCUCUCUCGCCCUCCUGCGGAUCCCCUGGUCCGCGCCUACGCCGAGGCCUCGGCCCUGAGGUGGCCGAACGUGCCGCGGGGUUAGUCAGCGCUUGGAGGACCCAAGAAUAUCUAAAGCCACGGGGAAAAUGGUGGAAAAUUCACCGUCGCCAUUACCAGAAAGAGCGAUUUAUGGCUUUGUUCUUUUCUUAAGCUCCCAAUUUGGUUUCAUACUGUAUCUUGUGUGGGCUUUUAUUCCUGAAUCUUGGCUAAACUCCUUAGGCUUAACUUAUUGGCCUCAAAAGUAUUGGGCCGUUGCUCUGCCUGUGUAUCUCCUCAUUACCGUAGUCAUCGGUUACGUCCUCUUAUUUGGAAUAAACAUGAUGAGUACCUCUCCACUCGACUCCAUUCAUAAUAUCACAGAUAACUAUGCCAAAAAUCAACAGCACAAGAAAGACCAAGAAGAGGCCAUCCCAGCACUAAGAGAUAUUUCUAUUAGUGAAGUAAACCAAAUGUUCUUUCUUGAAGCCAAAUAACUUUAUACCAAAAACAACUGUAUGCAGACUAAUACCAAACAUUUAUUAUAAAUUUUUGACAUAAAGGUUUUAACCAUACUAA